AUGUCGGAAAGCAACCCCGACUCUGCAGACGGCGCGGGAAUUCCGGCGCGCGGCUCCAGAGAGAACGUUCCCGGGAGCACUGGCGAUUGGCUGCACGUUCCCGCCUUCGCUGAUUGGCCAAUUCCGGCGCGCUGCUCCAGAAAGAACGUUCCCGGGAGCACUGGCGAUUGGCUGCUCGUUCCCGCCUUCGCUGACUGGCCAAUUCCGGCGCGCUGCUCCAGAAAGAACGUUCCCGGGAGCACUGCCUCUCUUUGCAAGGAGCUGGCCGGGCGGUGCAGAUUGUCCCCGGGGGUGCAAAGGGAAGGCUGCCUGGAGCAGGCGCCAAGACUGCGGGAGGAGAUGUCUGUUGAUUUCUCCACAUCAGACCUGAAUCCUCCAGAGAGCCUGAAGAUGGAGUUUCCUGUGGAGGUCAAGCAGGAGGGUGACGGAGAGGCCAUGUUGUUGGGUGGUGAUAAGGUUCCAAGACUGCAGGAGGAGAUGUCUGUUCAUUUCCCCACAUCAGACCUGAAUCCUCCUGAGUCCCUGAAGAUUAAGUUCCCUGUGGAAGUCAAGCAGGAGGGUGAUAGAGAGGCCAGUUUGUUGGGUGAUGAGAAAGAGACUGAGAAGAAGAUUCAUCAGCUGGGAGGACCAGAGCAGAGCGAACUGAAUGGGACAUCAUUAGGUGGAGCAAAAGGAAUUACUCUAAAUGGACCGGAAAUUCAUGAAACGUGUAGAAGUGAGCAGAAGCUAGAAAGUCAUGCCAAUUUUCGUCCAGUCACCAGACAAUCUCUUUUGAGAAACCAAAGCUUAAAUGAGGCAUCGUCCUGUGGAAAAGAAAUGGGAGACCCUCAAGAUGGGGAAAAGAUCAGGGAGAGCUCCACCUUUCUGAAGAUAAAGCCAGCCCGUAAAAAAAAGAAGACCUUUAUAUGCUCAGAGUGUGGGAAAGGCUUUGUUUCAAAUUCGGCUCUUUCUGACCAUCAGACCACCCAUACAGGUGAGAAGCCACACCAGUGUUUAGUUUGCGGGAAAUGCUUUGGCUAUAAAGCGCUUCUUGUGAGACAUGAAGUAUCCCAUGCAGACGAAAAGCCGUACAAAUGUUUAAAAUGUGGGAAAACCUUUGGGACCAGCACCAUCCUCUCAGACCACGUAAGAAUCCAUACAGGAGAGAAGCCCUAUACUUGCAGAGAAUGUGGGAGAGACUUCAUUAAGAGAAGCCAUCUUCUGAGGCAUGAGUUGACCCAUACAGGAGAGAAACUCUACCCAUGCUCAGAGUGUGACAAAAGUUUCAAUUGUAGGUCUACCCUUACUAUCCACAAGAGAAGUCACACAGGAGAGAAACCCUACAAAUGCCCUGAAUGUGGGAAAAGCUUCAGUCAGAGGUCGCAUCUUAGAACCCACAAGAAAAUCCACACUGGAGAGAAACCACAUACAUGUUCACAGUGUGGGACCAGUUUCUGUCAAAGAUACAAUCUUCUUCUUCAUGAGAGAACACAUACAGGAGAGAAACCUUAUCGGUGUUCAGAAUGUGGGAAGAGAUUCACUCAGAGCUCAAACCUUUUUGUCCACGAAAGAAUCCAUACUGGAGAGAAACCAUACAGAUGCUCGAUAUGUGGGAAAAACUUUCGGUGGGAAGACAGUCUUAAAAUACAUAUGAGAAACCAUGCUGGAGACAGACCAUAUGCCUGUUCUCUUUGUGGCAAAACCUACAGUAAGUCAUCCCACCUUACUAGGCACAAGGAAACCCAUGCAAGAGAGAAACCUCAGUAGUGCCCAGACUUG